UGUCAGCUUUUCACAGCUUUGCUGCACACAUAAAAACUGAUUUAAAACGUGCUUUCAAGCAAUAAAUUUCCAGCUUUUCUAACUUUUCAUCCUCUAUUCAAUAUGGCCAACCUGGUCGCCAAGGCCACCGUCUUGUUCAACAAACUCAAGGCCCAGGCUCGUCCGCAGUUCGAUGAGUUCAUGCGCUAUGCCAAGGUGGAGCUGGUGCCGCCAACUCCUGCAGAUUUUGCCCAUAUACGCAAGACAGCGCAAGCAACCGCCAAGUCAGCCAAAAAGGAUGUGAAGGGCGCUGGCAGUCGCCUCGGCAAGGUGACCAUCGCUGAGGCUUGGCUAAAUACCCUGGUGACCAUUGAGGUGAUCACCUGGUUCUUUAUGGGCGAAGUCAUUGGACGCCGUCACCUUGUUGGCUACAAAGUCUGAA